CCCGCCAGACUGUAUAUGAGAAAGGACGAUUCAGAUAACUUACCAGUGAUUGCUACUGUCAAUUUAAGCGCACUUCCCCUCAACUAG